AACACACAGGGUCCGUCGAUGAGAGUCUGUGCCUCCGGGAAGCAGCCGUCGGUCCCCCGGUGAGAAGAAGCGACCUGCCCGCUCUCUGCUCUCUCCUCCCCCGUGUGAGGGCUCCUUCCUCCGGCUUCGUGUAGAGGUUGUGUCCGCUGCUUCCCUCCGGCCGCUGAGCUCCGACAACCCGGACCCACGGGGGCAAGAGCCACCGGUUAGCCGAGCAGGGAAGUGGAUCUCCGGGCUGCCUCUCAUCGCACAGAUGCUCCAAGCCGCCCAGCUUGACAAGAGUGAUGGGAUGUGUCAACUAGCAGAUGACGCAGUCCUGGACGAUGUAAUCGGACUGAAGACUUCAUCUGCAUUGUUCACACCAGAGCGAGAUCGAGGCGGGACAAAGAUAGAGGAGGACGACGACAUUGAAUACACAAGGAUGGGCGUGGGGAAAAACACCACCACCAAGACGAUGGACAGCAGCAGUGAGGGAGGAAAAUAUGAAGAGGAGGGAAAACAUGGCGCUGAUUUCUACCCUAUUCCGGUGGUGGUCAACGGAGUUGGUGCUGCAAGUGGAGACCAGGACACUGAGAAUACAGAGCUGAUGGCGAUAUACAGUAAAGAUAAUCAGGCCGCAGAAAAGAGCUCGAUGUCUGAGACGCUGGACAGCACAGACAGUAUUGAUGCAAGGAGGAACGAUAUGAUCUAUACCAUUGAAGACACCCCACCCUGGUACCUGUGUGUGUUCCUGGGCAUGCAGCACUACUUGACGUGUUUCAGUGGCACGAUCGCGGUGCCGUUCCUCCUUGCUGAGGCGAUGUGCGUUGGAUUCGAUCAGUGGGCCACCAGUCAGCUCAUAGGGACCAUCUUCUUCUGUGUGGGGAUCACCACCCUGCUACAGACCACACUGGGCUGCAGGUUGCCUUUGUUCCAAGCCAGCGCUUUUGCCUUCCUCGCACCAGCCAGAGCCAUCCUGUCGCUGGACAAGUGGAAGUGUAACAGCACAGAUGUUCCCAUGUUUAACAGCACACAGCUCCUCAACACAGAGGAAAUCUGGCACCCCAGGAUACGAGAGAUCCAGGGGGCCAUCAUCGUGUCCUCUCUAAUUGAAGUGUGUAUUGGAGCACUGGGUCUUCCCGGGCUCCUGCUGAAGUACAUCGGGCCCCUGACCAUCACCCCCACUGUGACCCUCAUCGGCCUGUCUGGUUUCCAGGCCGCAGGCGAGAGGGCUGGGAAACACUGGGGCGUUGCUAUGCUGACUAUCUUCUUGGUGCUGCUCUUCUCUCAAUAUGCCAGAAAUGUUCAGUUCCCUCUCCCAGUCUACAAAGCCAAGAAAGGCUGGACGACCUAUAAACUUCAAGUCUUCAAAAUGUUCCCCAUCAUCAUGGCCAUCCUGGUGUCAUGGCUGUUGUGCUUCAUUUUCACCGUGACUGACGUUUUCCCGCCAGAGAAGGACAAGUACGGUUACUACGCCCGCACAGAUGCACGACAAGGAAUCAUCCAGGCCGCUCCGUGGUUUAAGAUCCCAUAUCCCUUCCAGUGGGGUUUUCCAACUGUAACCGUGGCAGGGGUGAUCGGUAUGAUGAGCGCUGUGGUGGCCAGCAUCAUCGAGUCGAUUGGAGAUUACUAUGCCUGCGCUCGACUCUCUUGCGCUCCUCCACCUCCCGUCCAUGCCAUCAACAGGGGCAUAUUCAUGGAGGGUGUUUCCUGUGUGCUCGAUGGGCUUUUUGGCACCGGAAAUGGUUCCACCUCCUCCAGUCCAAAUAUUGGUGUCCUGGGAAUCACAAAGGUGGGCAGCAGGCGUGUGAUCCAGUACGGAGCUGCCAUGAUGUUGCUGCUGGGCAUGGUGGGUAAAUUCAGCGCCCUGUUUGCCUCUCUGCCUGACCCUGUCCUGGGAGCUCUGUUCUGCACCUUGUUCGGUAUGAUCACUGCAGUCGGACUCUCCAACCUGCAGUUUGUGGACCUCAACUCCUCCAGGAACCUCUUUGUCCUGGGCUUCUCCAUUUUCUUCGGCCUGAUGCUGCCGAGCUACCUUAAAAAGAACCCUCUGGUCACAGGCAUUGUUGAGAUUGACCAGGUGCUGAACGUGCUGCUCACCACGGCCAUGUUUGUUGGAGGCUCAGUUGCCUUCGUUUUGGACAACACUAUCCCUGGUACCCUUGAAGAACGAGGCGUCAAGAAGCUGAAGCUUGGCUCUGGUCUCAGCACAGCAGAACUGGAAGGGAUGAAAUCUUAUGACUUGCCAUUUGGAAUGGACUUCAUUCGCAGACACCCAGUCUUCAAGUACAUCCCCAUCAGCCCUACAUUCACAGGCUACCAGUGGGGGAGGCUACAGGAAUCCUGCAGGAACAGAAUGGGACAUGGAGAUGCGGUGAAGGGAGGAGGAAUGGGAGGGGAGGGAGGCGCGCCACCAGGAGAGAGUCGGGUAUAGCCAACAGGCUUAUGGUCAAUGGAAAGCAAGGGAUGAUACACUGGGAUAAACUGAUGGGAGAGUGGAGGACGGAAGCUGUGCAGGAUUUGGUGGAAGAAAAUGUGACGCACCGACCCCUUCGUCAUUAUGUGUUUUCUUUAUCUUGUGUCUGUCUUUUUCUGCUUCCCACCACGCUGUUUCUAAAGCUCGCUACAGCAAAUCAAAGCAUGUUACCAGACGUCAUCACCACACAGAUGAUUUGGUGUUUGUGCAUAUGUCCACAAUAUGCAGCAUGAGAUGGAUCGGCACUUUAAUCCAGAACGAGAGCGAUGGCUGUCAAACAAUCAAAGCUGAAUGUUUGUGGAUUCACUGACUCGUUAUCACUGCUAACUACUACUGGCCAUGUCAGUUUCUGACACGUUAUUCUACUGAGCGGCGACGGUAGAUUUGAUUAUGUCAAUUAAGGAUUAUGCAAAAUUACUGUUACAAAUCAUUUGCCUCAAGACUCAUUAUGCAACAGCAUUAGAGACACAGGCAUGCACAUCCACCAACAGCCUCACCAAAAACCAAGUGCAGCAAUGCACGUCGGGGGGGGUCAUGCAGACCGAGUGAAGUUUUUAGUCAGGUGCCCUUACUCAUGCAAAGUGAUUGUGACUUUAUUUUAUUUGCACUAUCUGCCUCCUGAGUUCAAAUGUAGAAUGUCACUCCACAACUCGCUCCCCCAUUUCUUCAGUAAAACUCCUCAGAGACCCAUUGAUCAGCUCGUCUCAUCUCAUAAGAAAUUCACUUAUUAAAAAGAUAUAAGUGCAGAUAUUCACAUGAUCUCCCGGGACCGGGCAAAAAAUCCCCCAACCUUCCAGCUUACUGCAUCAGUAUUAUGCAUAAUUUAGUAACGAGACCAAAACACUUAGUUUACCUGAACAACCGCGAAUCAACGGACUCUCAAUUUGGAGUUUUUCUAUACUUCAGUUUGGAAGAAACAAAUUAUUUGUAUCUCAUAACCCUGAAUUAGCUUUUUUCAAAUCUUUGCACGCAAAUUUUGAAACAAGCUUUUUAUAAUGCCUGCGCAAAAGCCACAGUAACAGACACGUGGCCUCAAAAUGUAAUAUCUUCACUUCAGGCACGUGUCCUUGGUUUAACAGUAAUGUGUGUUAAUGUAGGGUUUACAAAAACUGCACCAGAAAUAUAAACUCGCCCCCCCGCUGCCACUAUCCACACCCAUGUAGUUUUUCCAUCAUCGCAUUCAGUGAGCCCUUACAUAAUUGUACUCAGAAGUUAGGGUGGUGAUUUUGAGAUCAGAAGUUUGGAGAGUUCAUUUAUUUUGUUCUAAAUCCAGGCACACAUUGUGCAUUGUGUGUAUUUGAAGCAGCCAAUCAUGACUGUUACUGAUGUCAUUAAUAAUAUAUAUAAUUUUUUUUUUAAUAGUGUACAUUCCUCCUCCCCUCGGGCUCCGUACCCCUCCCACUCAUCUCGCUUUAGUUAGCUCACUGCUGAUCUUCAUGUCUCCUGUAUUUCAGACUGUGUGAGAGCAUCAGCAGCCGGAACAUUGUCGACCCCCAGAGUGAAGAACAAGUCUCAAAUAAUUUGACUAAAUGUAGGAAUAAAAUAACAGCUGAAAAUCGACUACUAAAUAUUAGUAGCCUAGUCUAAUUGCGAUUUUUACUAAGCCAAAUUGUUAAAACUCUUUAUUACAGCUUCUUAUUGUUCUUAAACAAUAUACCAAAUUUACUAAUUUUCGAGAAAACAAAUGUUGCUUGAAAUCUCUUCUCAGCUUUUCAUCUCGUCCGUCAAAGCUAUUUAUUUAUUUAUGAGAAAAAAGUGGAUGUCUAACGAUUGCUUGAAGCAGGUUUAUUUUCCUCUUGUACAAUGUUGAAAAUAUAUUUAUUAUUACACUAGUUAAUGCUCUGUUUAAAAAGAAAGAAAGAAAAAUAGUAGGUUUGAUGACUUACUGCUCCUCCCGACACCUCGACUGAGAUCGGUGCUUUGAGAAACCACCUUUCAUAAAGUCAGACUCCACUGUAAAAUUUUAAAAAAGUAUGCUGCUUCCAUUUCAUUCCAUUUAUAUCACCUUGUUGAUAUAAAGAGAGACUCAACGCUUGCAAACUGGAUGGUUUAUUCAAAUUUCAGAGUCAGGGCCUUUUUACUACACGUACUGUUUGCACAUGUAAUGGUGCCAAGAUGAUCGGGGUCAGAGUGACUCAUUCCCACUGACCUCAAACCCUCUUAUGUCCUUAUACACCUUCAUCAUCAGUGUGAACCUUUUGUGUUUGGUUACCUGAGGACUCAACUGUUUUGUUCUGAACAUUUAGGGCCUUAGUCUCUGAUAGCAUUGUUAGCUUUAGCCACAUUUAAGCCCCCAUCUCUCUUUCUGGUACACUCAGGAUUUGACAAUUUUGUGUGAUCUCACUAAUGUCUAGUGUCUGCCUGGAAUGAUCAAAUAGACAAUGACAACCCUGACUAAAUAUCAUUGUGAGCACAAUUUUCAGCUUUCCUUAUCAGAAUGCAGUUGCAGUGAAGUCAGAUGAAAGUGUUUACAGUGAUGCUGCAGCUAAAAGUCCUAUUAAGGUCACAGAUUAAAAUAGGAAUUUGUUUUGAUGUCGGUAUCACCACACGUGUUCUCAUUCUGGGCAGACUGACGUCAGUGACGUUACCAAAUCCUGGAGAAACCUAAAUGCUGAUGAGUCUUAAAUCAGGCUUGGCUAGUUCCUGAUCGUCGAUAUGUGUGGAACCUGUAAAUCUGAAACCUCAUCGUGUAAAUGUCGGCUGGCAGCUGGACAGCUGUAGAUGAGACGUGUUAAACGUUACCACAGCAGCAGGUGUAUUUGAAAUCCUUGCCCACGCUGUCUAACCUUGUUCCAGGGGCGAUGAGGAUCACAUAGACGUCGAAGAGCCGACCCCACCUCCUGCACCUCCUCUCUAUGUGAGGGAUCAGAUGGCCGGUGGUCUGACGGCCCUGUUAUCAAUUCUCUUGUAAAUGAUGUGCACACAUUAGCACAUGGACAACACGUGACUUUGUUUCCUUUCAUAUCAUGUUUGUGUAACCAGCACUAAUUUAUCUCACCGACAUCACACACACACAAACACACACACACACACACACACACACACUUGUUUAAAGUCUCAAGUCCGGCAGUGAAAACAUAUUGGUGACCUCAUGUUUAGUGUACCUAGUUUGUCCCUGGGAGUUCUUACUGUCGUUUCUGGAUGUAGGAGAAGACACCGGCUGGCCAUUUUAUUGAGAGCCUGUCGGUCUUUGGCAGCUGUGUGAACCUGCCUUAUUUCUCUAUACCAAGAUGAUCAUUGGAUGAUUUUGUGCCUCAACACAACUUCCUCUUGAUUUAACCCUCCGGUCAUGUUACAUUCUGUCUUUUUCAAAAUGUUAUUCACAAGCAUAUGUGUUUCGCAAUCAUUACAGAAAUUGCUCAGUUACAUUACAAAGACCUAUGAUUUCAUGUGGCCAGUCACGACUCCUUGAUGCUUUUCAAGCUUUAGUAACAGAGAAGUCGGUUUAACCAGCAGACGGCUCUUGAGAAGGUGGUCAUCAGGUGUGUAACACAGACAUCAGUCCCUCUUAUUUUGAAGGGGAUGCUACAUUAAGAAUAUACUAUUGUGUCAAGUGUUUUCUCUUUUUUAAUGUUUCUGUUCUUUUAUACAUCAUUUUUAUGUUUUUACAGGUGAAUAUUUGUAAGAAACAAACAUAACUUUUAAUCUUGAAUCAAGCUGUAAAACGCACCAUUUUGUUCUGUUUAUUUAAAGAGUAAAUUUGUUUUGAUCUUUUAAAAUCUGUGGUUCGGAGGAAUCGUCUAGUUUGUUUGUUAGAACCUUUUCAUAUUGUAUUUUUUUACUCUAACAUUGCUUUGUCCAUGUUAACACAUUACCAGUAUAUAUAAUAGACUGAGCUGACAAACUUUAAAUAGAUGUAAAAACCACAACAAAAAGAAAUGUAUAUUUAAUGGAGUAAAGUUUGCUAAACUAAAUUGUGUAAACUAAUUGUAGCAAGAAAAUGUUUUAUCCUUUGUUCCUAAAACUAUUUAAUAUGAUGUUACAGAAUGAA